GUAUCGAAUUUACUUUUACUUUCUAGUCAUUUACAGUUAUGAUUUCUAAUUCAGUAAAUUUAUAAGUGAAAUGUGUCAAUAAUGUCAAUGGUGGUACUCCUAAAUAAAAAGAAAAAAGGAAAAUCAAUGCUAUAUAAAUCAAAUGUUUAAAAUUUGGCUUUUGAAUGUUACAAAUUUUAGAUAUUGUGAAGAAAAUGUUUGCAAGAGUGACUUUUUAUCCUACCUUAGUGUAUAAUGUGGUUAUGGAAAAACUCUCUCCUAGGCAAUGGUACAACAGAAUAGAUGACACAGUAAUUUUAGGUGCUCUACCAUUUCCUAGUAUGACCAAAGAGCUUACAGAAAAAGAACAUGUAAAAGCUGUUGUGUCAAUGAAUGAAAAUUAUGAGUUAAUGAUGGCCAAUGAUCAAAAGGCCUGGAAAAAAGUAGGUGUGGACUUUUUACAAUUGGCAACUACAGAUAUCUUUGCAACACCUUGUCAAAGCAAGCUAGUCGAAGGUGUGCGAUUUAUCAAUAAAUAUGUUAACACCAAUAAUAUAGCCAAUGGUAUAUCAAAAACUUCAGUUUAUAUACAUUGCAAGGCAGGAAGAACACGAAGUGCCACUUUAGUAGGCUGCUACCUAAUGCAUAGGUAUAAUUGGACACCAGAACAAGCAGUUAACCACAUGAAAGAGAAACGACCACAUAUUUUAUUACACAGCAAACAGUGGGAAGCGUUAGAAAUAUUUUAUAAACAUAAUAUGAAUACUAUAAAUACUUAAUGGAAGUAUGAAAGUUUAUCCAAAUAUGAAAUAUUACAAUUAAUGUUUUAAAAUUUAAGACUGUCAAAUCAUUUCUAGAAGUUAAUUAAAAUCAUAUUGCAAUUUA